AUGUUUACUGCAGAAAAGGCACGACAUGAUUAUGAGGCAACAGAAUCGUCACUGGUUGUUAGCAGCAACAAAACUGUUGCUGUUGCUCGCACUGAUGACAGCGGUGAUGGACGACGACGACAACAAAUUGCAGCAACUGCUAAGCAGAUGAAUUCACUGAAUGCUGCAACAACAACACCGAUUACAUCGGUGACAAAAUCAACAACACCAGCAACAAGAAGAACAUCAACAGAAUCUGAUCAUUCUGUUGAUCUGGCGGAUACGAACAAAUUCGACGAUGAAACAGUGCUUGGAACAGAUUCAACCUACUAUGAUAGCAGUGAUGGUGUUGGUGCCGGUCACGCAAGACAAGAAAAAUUGUUUGAACUAAACGAUUUAACUGAAAAAAAUUUAUCACUCUAUUUUGCUGCUAAAGCCGAACUGAGCAAUGCAAAAGUAGAUGGGGUCAAUUUGUUAGCCAAUUAA